AUGAUCCCCUCAGCCUCGCGCCGCGGAGCGGGAGAUGCGGCCGCGCCCCUUUCGACUUCGGCUGGAGCUGCUGCAUCCCCGGCUGCGCCCUUCGCAUUCGCCCCAAAUGAACUUGAUGCUCUCUCCGUGUCAGAGCUGCGCGCCGGCAUGCAGCAAUUUCUUCGCUCCAGUGGUGCUUUAGGCUCGCUCAAGACGCAGCUCCGCAGCGUUAUCGUCUCCGAGUUGCUGAAGCGGCAAGGGCCCUCCCCUAAAGCUUCCGCGGCCCGACAGGGGCGUGAGGGCGGAGGUGACGACUGCGGCAGCGAGGAAGUAGAGGACGAUGCGUGGACACAACGGCUUGCGGACGCGCUGGUAGAGAGCCACCUGCGACACACUGGCCGCUCCUUUUCACUCGCCAUCUUCAGCAGUGAGGCGGACGUCUCCUUUGGAUCGGGUGGGGACGACGCACUGGCAGGGCUGCUGCACCUCAACACCUCGGUGACGCUGCGACGGCGGACAAGCCUCUUGCACUCGGUGUUGGAGGCAUACCUGCGGCAGGUGGGUGACGCACGCGGAAUGCCACCCGGGUACACGGUAGGAACGCAGACCGACAUUAGUGAAACGGAACUGUCACCGCCGCCCCUCGAGGUUCGCCUCGCCGCAGUAGAUGCAAAGUAUGCGCUCUCCUUUUCGCGUCUCCGUGAAUCGACACGGGAGGAGGUGGAUCGUCGCAUGCUCGCCUAUCGGGAGGAGCUACAGGUGCAGAUGGAGCAGGGCUACCAGCAGCGGUUGCGAACGUUUGAGCAACAGCAGCUGCAUGAGGCUCGACGAGCCGCGGAGGAACACUACGGGAUUCUGUUGCAGCAUAAAAUGGAGGAGAUGCGGGAGAUGGAGCGGGCAGGUGUGCAACGCAUAGAGGCCGAGCGUGCACGGUUAGGGCAGGCUCGCGAUGAGGUGGAACUACAGCGCGUCGAACUCGAGCGUCGACACCGUGAUUUACAGGGGCUGCUUGAGGAGCGUGACAAGGCGGUUGUGGCGGUGGAGGGACGCCUGCGCGACGCGAAGCAGCAGAUACGCGUCUUGACCACUCAAGUGCAACAGUACGAAGAACUGUGUGGGGUGCGACUUGCCGAGGCCGAUGCCGCGCGCGAUCGGGAGUGGCGGCGGGUGGAAGACCUCCGUCGUCUCCAAGCCGAGCACCUCGCAGAGUUGCAGCUGAAGGACGAGGAGAUAGGUCGUCUGCGGUUUCGUCUGAAGUCGAUCCUCGCGGCCCACGGAGUCGGCAACUGGCGCGACGAAGUGGGGGGAGCGGGAGAAGAGGAGAGGGCGGUCAGCCUUCGCGAGGGGCUGGCAAAGGCAAAUGCGUUCCAGGAACGCGUGUCGGCCGCGGCUGACGCUCCGCUGCAACGCAAUCGGCAGCUGCGCGACGCCGCUUGGCUUUCCGCAUGGCAGUCGACUGCGCCCCCAGAGCGGGGGGAGGCGAGGAACGCAGACGGGCGGAGUUACCCCGCAGAGCUGCAGGUUGUACUCCAGCCCGCGCGAUCCGUCGUGCAGAGCUCUCAAGAGCAAAAACGGCAGCCGCAGCCGCAGCCGCAAGAAGAAGAGGGGAAAGUUAAGGAGCCCCGUGCGUCAAGUCCACCGCCCGCUACGGCCCUUGUGGCCACCGAUGCUGCCGGCCCGUGUCCUGUCACGGAGGCCGCGGAGUCCUUCUCCACUCGUCCAGCCUUGGCCGCCGUGGAAGUGUCACCUCGGGCGUUGGAAGGUAAUAAGCUCGAGGGAGAAGAGCGGCGAAAAGAUGUUGGCGGCGGCGGCGGCGGCGGAGAGCGUGGCAGCAGUGCUAGUAUCCAGAGUGGCAGGGAGGGGGGUGACGGAUGCAAAGGUAAAAUUACCUCCGUCGGCGUCGGCGUCGGCGUCGUCGCGGUCCCAGGCCAACAACAGGCAAACCGUCGUCUCCACUGCCUCCGGGAGGUGGGAGCCCCACUCACCGUCACCCUCCUCCCCGUCUGUGCGUUCCUCCUCUUCGAGGUCGGUGCCGGUGGGCAAACAAAUGUCCACCCCCAGCACCACCUCCUCAACCCCUCGGCUAAAGGAGGAGCAAGACGCAGUUCAGAGAGAUGA